AUUUUUUAUCAUAAAAAUAACAGCCAAUCAAAUUUGAGUUCUCUAAUUGGCUGGCCAAUCACAUUGGACGUUACACUUCCUUUUAAAUUUCAUAAAAUUCAAAAAUUGCCACACAGCCAGACAAAGCAGGUGGAGAGAGUUUUUGCGGUGUUUACUUAUUUGCUGAAACAAACAGAAAAGCAAGAUGUCUAAAGUUGAACGUAUGAGAACCUACAAAAACAAAGGAAGAAACCAAGAUGAAAUGCGUCGUCGCAGGAAUGAGACCUCUGUCGAGUUACGUAAAGCUCGCAAAGAUGACCAAAUGCUUAAACGUCGCAAUGUUACAGUGGAUGAUGAACCAACUAGUCCAUUGGCCGAAAAGAAUACCAACAUUGCUGGCAUGACCAUGAUAGAAAUCCUAAAUGGCGUAGACAGCACACAACCUAACGUUCAAUUCCAAUGUGUGCAAGCAGCUCGUAAGAUGCUCUCCAGAGAACGUAGUCCACCUAUAGACCAAAUGAUCGAAGCCGGCAUGGUCCCUAAAUUGGUGGCAUUCCUUGACCGUAAUGAUCUACCUGAGGUCCAGUUUGAGGCUGCAUGGGCUCUGACCAAUAUCGCUUCUGGGACGCAGGAGCAGACACGCGUAGUUGUGAAUGCAGGAGCUGUCGUUCCAUUUAUCAAGCUAUUGGGAUCAGACCAGGCUAAUGUGUGUGAACAGGCUGUGUGGGCACUUGGAAAUAUCGCUGGUGAUGGCCCCAAGUUGCGUGAUUUUGUGACAAAAGCUGGAAUUGUGCAGCCCCUGCUGAACCUUGUAAAACCAGAUACACCUACUUCAUUCUUGAGGAACGUGACCUGGACACUUUCUAACUUGUGUCGUAACAAGGAUCCACCCCCCAUGUUUGACACAAUUCGUGCCCUCCUUCCAACUCUUGCCCGUUUGCUGCACCACAAAGACCGAGACAUCCUGUCAGACACUUGUUGGGCCCUGUCAUAUGUAACUGAUGGCACCAAUGAUAAAAUACAAGCAGUUGUUGAUGUUGGUGUUGUACCUACUCUUCUCUCACUGUUAAAAACGGAAGAAGUUUCCGUCCUUACCCCCGCACUUAGAGCCAUUGGAAACAUAGUCACUGGAGAUGAUACUCAAACUCAGACAGUCUUGGAUGCGGGAGCUCUGGCACUUUUCCCCCGUUUACUAAGUCAUCCCAAAAACAAUAUCCAAAAGGAGGCUGCAUGGACAAUCUCAAAUAUCACCGCAGGAAAUGUCAACCAGAUUGAGGCAGUCUUCCAAGCAGGUCUCGUACCCAAGAUCAUUCAUCAACUUGCUGUGGGAGAUUUCAAGACUCAGAAAGAAGCCACAUGGGCAAUAACAAACCUUGUAUCUGGUGGAACCCCUGUCCAGAUUGGUCAGUGCAUACAGUAUGGCGUCCUUAAGCCUCUGUGUGAUCUCCUCGUUGCCAAAGAUUCCAAACUACUGCUCAUCAUCCUCGACUCAUUAAAAAGUCUCUUGGCUCUUGCUGAUAAGAAUGGACAAACAGAACAGCUGUGUAUUCUCAUAGAAGAAGCUGAUGGUUUACAGAAGAUAGAAGACCUCCAGCAGCAUGAGAAUGAAGAUGUCUACAACUUUGCAUUGAAAAUCAUUGAUACAUAUUACAGUGAAGAGGGUGAUGAAGACAAAGAACUGGCUCCAGAAACUACAGAAGAUGGUACCUUCCAGCUCCAGACCACCCAGGCUGUCCCCACAGGAGGAUUUGCCUUCUAGGCUUACUCUAACACUACACACAUAUUCCUCCGAUGAUUCAGUGAAGAUUAUCAAAAUGCCAAAAA